CCCUUUAACAUUUCCUCACAGGCAAUCAGGCCAACAGUGCUGAUCGGGACGUCAGGAGUGGGCCGAACAUUCACUCAAGAAGUAAUAGAAGCCAUGGCAGACCUGAAUGAGAAACCCAUUGUUCUUUCACUUUCAAACCCAACUUCCCAGUCAGAAUGUACCGCGGAAGAGGCCUAUGCAUGGAGUCAGGGACGGGCGAUCUUUGCUUCCGGGAGCCCAUUUGCUCCGGUAGAGUACAAUGGAAAGAUGUUGGUGCCGGGACAGGCGAAUAAUGCGUACAUCUUCCCGGGGCUAGGGCUCGGGUUGAUAAUGUCAGGGACGAUCCGUGUUCAUGAUGACAUGCUCCUGGCUGCCUCGGAAGCGCUGGCAGAGCAGCUGAGGGAGGAGCAUUUUGUGAAAGGAUCCAUAUACCCUCCGUUCAAGGACAUCAGAAACAUCUCUGCUCGCAUCGCCGCCAAGGUGGCCGCCAAGGCUUAUGAACUCGGUUUGGCAACGAGGUUGCCUCAGCCCAAGGAUCUGGUGAAGUGCGCGGAGAGCAGCAUGUACAGCCCUUCCUACCGCAGCUACCGCUGAUUUUAAUUUUGACUUUUAACCGCCGCCCUUCACCAUUCUUUUCAUUAUCCCCCUUUUAUAUUUUUGUUUUUUUUACUUUUAUUUAUUAUUGUAUUUUUAUUUUUCACUUUGAAUCCGAAUGUUUACCCUUCCUCAUUUA